GGAAACUAUCCGGCAGUCACAGUCCACUUAUAUCCGCAUCUCCAUCAGUUUAUGUGUGACCUUACCGCGAGUUCAGAACCACGUGUGUGUGAACCGAGUGCUAGUGAAACUAAGGGUGAGACUUUGAGAGCAUGAGGGGACGACCCUGGCUCUCUACCCACUGACAAAUACUGGAGCUACUUGAGCGGUAUGUCCUCUGGACCGUACGAAGAGUUGCCGGGCUCUCCGGACUCCAAGGUGGAAUUGACCCGCUCCGGCUCAGCGACCAUCAACCGCAACUCCUUCUGCAUCGAGGCUCUUCUUGCUCCUAGAGAAGAUAAGCAUCAGUCUCCAGUGUCUACGCCGUACAAUAGCUCCAGGAGUCCCUCUAUCUCGCCCGGCUCGGAGGAGUGUCCUUACAAUCUUCCUUCGAGUCCCAAAAGGUCGGAACCUUUCUUCAAGAGUCAAGGGUUAGGGAUCGUGCCGAGGCCUGGCAUGUUAUCCAUCCUUGCGAACCACCCGCAGCUGGGUAGCCCAGAACAGUUGUAUGCAUCGUACCCUGCGUCUUCGGCCUUCCAGCCUCUGGGCCAGCGGGGCGACUCCAAGAGUCCACCAGGGCCUCUCACCCAGGGCCAGUUGCACCAGAUGCACCUGGAGUGGCUCGCCAGGGCUGGGAUGUUCUACGCCGGUCCCAGGCUGCAAGACCUCACAGGAGCGCAUCACGCUUUGAUGGGCAAAACCCGAAGGCCUCGUACGGCUUUUACCAGUCAGCAACUCCUCGAGCUAGAGAAACAGUUUCGCCAAAACAAAUACUUGUCCAGACCCAAGCGAUUUGAAGUGGCGACAAGCCUUAUGCUCACAGAAACUCAGGUGAAAAUAUGGUUCCAAAACCGACGAAUGAAGUGGAAAAGGAGUAAAAAGGCUCAACAGGAGGCGAAAUCUACCAAAGAAGACGGCGACAAGAAGACUAAUAAUCCCGUGGGAAGUAGCGCAAACUGCAAUCCUCCCAAGUGCGCCCACGUGCCCUCGCCCAACAGUCGCAACAAGCCGGAGAGUGUGGCUGUGAGGAGUCCUAACUGUCACACAGCACCCAGCGGCACUCUACAGCAGAUUGUCCAGCUGGCACAGAUGGCGCGACAACGAGACGUGCCGGCCGAGACACUCUACAGACCUUACGUGUCGUAAAACAACUGUUCUAGUUGCGAACUUCACCCGAACGUCUCCACAGUUUUAGAAUGAUUUUAUCAUAAUAUGGACUUGAAACGACUGUACAAGGAUAUUAUUGUAUUCCUGGCUCAUCUCACGCGUUAUCGUGUUAACGACGACUCUCUGGGAGUAGGAAGUGUACCGUUAAAUUCUAGAUGUAGCACAAAGGACAAUGUUGUCAAUCUUAUAAGAGAAUCUCUAUGAACUACUUAAAGUCACUGGAAUGGACCUUGCUGACAUAUCUAGAAGGCCUUUCCAUUUAAUAAGACUACUUUACGAACGAUUCUAUGUUACCCUAUACAAACAUAACUUAUUACGUACAUUUGCACAUUAAGAGUUGAACCCGUUAUACGAGUAUACUAGUAUAGCCACAUAGCCACAUCACGUGUCAGGAACCUCACUAACCACACAUCAUGUGUUAAUCUUAUUUGUUUUCUGAUACGCAAAAGCAACAGUAAAAACAGUAAAAAAAAGCUUGUUAUAGUUAGAUUAAACAUUUCUUUCCUUUAUUUUACAAUCAUAGCACAAGCUUGAGAACAUAUAUUUUUGGCCUGUAAGUUCUGUGUGUGAUAAUUCUACAGUGUCGUAGGUAUGGAACUUGCUUGGUAAUAUUGUAAAAUAUUGCUUAAAAACUUGAAUAUUCGCAGAUAAAAAUAGUGCUGGACAUCGAUUUUUAAUAUAAAAAGCAACCAUUCCUAAUUUAUUGGUUCUCAAAAGAUCUCUGAAGAAAAGAAGCGAGAAUGGCAAGUUGCCCUUAACUAUAAUGGUUCUAAUAAUUUUAACAAUACCCUUAUAAUAUAAAACGAUUUAUUGUUUUUAUCUCUAAAUAUUAAAUUUUUUCACUUAAAGUGUUAAUAAGAGAUAAAAAGAACUUAUAUUUUUAAUAUCACAGGCUGAAAUUACAUUGUAAAUUUAGUUUUUUACUCGUUUAAAAUAUUUUACAACAUGAAAAUAUUACUUUUUGCAUUACAUUUCAUUAAAGCUCUUAAUAACAUGAGAAUUAUCAAGCAAAUAUCCAUACACUAUAAUUUACAUUCUUAAAGCAGUAAACCUGAAUUUUAAAUUUGCCAUAGAUUUAAGUUUACAAUAGUUGUAAAGAAACCUGUGUGUUUCCCAAAGGUAUUGUAGGAAAUUUGUAGAAGAAACACAAUAGAACAUUACGCGUAAUAUUUUUAUUAGAGGCCAAACAUCUCGAAUUCUCGAUUAGUGCUAGACUGAAUGUUGUAUACAAUGUUACUGGUCAAUGGAUCAUUUCUUGACUGUGACAUUAAUAAUCCUGCGAGGUUUUUUUUUUUUUGCUGUAGAAAAUAUUUUAAGAUAUGAAACUGAAUUAUAAAGCUUAUCAAAUACAUAUAAGCUGUUCAUUACCGCGGUAGGGAUAUUGUUCCGCAAGUAUUCGCAUGAGAGAAGAGGAUUCACGCAGUUCUCCCCGAUUGUGAUUUGUCCAAGUCAGAAGUUCGUUCUGCUAACAAUGUUAUAGUUUUGAAACAUUAAUCUACCUCGAUAGAAAAAAAGAUAAAUGAUGACUGUAUCUCAAUCGAAGUCUUCUGUAAAACACCAUAUGCAAAUUUAUACUUUUACAAAUAUAGGUUUUGAAUUUUAAACAUACUAUUUAGUAAUAUUUAAACGUAAGAAUUUGCUUAAGUGUUUGUUCUAUUGCAGGAAGAGUGAACAAUCAUGCAUAAAAAUAUACUAAUGAAAACUUAUUGAAUUAUGUAACAGGAAAUGUACAACAUUUUUUUCUUAAUGCCAAUCAUUGUCAAGUACAAUUUUUGUCCAUUUUGACCACAAAAAGUUAUAAGUGAUUAAAUAUUAAUUGAAUUUUUAAUAAUUCAAAAAGAACUAUAUUUUAAAACGUUCUCAUAACAAUAAAUUAGUAUUAUGUGAACACCCAGCUAUAAGUUUCAUACAAUUUCCAAACUAUCUGGAAAUUGGAACUAUAGCAAUGAUUUUAAACAAUAAUUCCUAAUCUGGUAUGCUAAAUUUGUAAUACAAUAAUACUAAGUUGUACUUUUAACACAGGAGUGUUAAAUACUUAAAUGACUUAAAUGAUACUUUUAAAUGAUACCUACCAAUACUUUAAUUUAGUUCUAACAGCUGUUUAGCAAACAAUUUAAUAUAAUUAACCAAGACGGUGACAUAUAAAGUAAUAAAAGGCAUGAAUUUGUACAAACUAAGUUAGAAAAUUUAGUUAAAAAGUCGUUGUUUAGUACAAAAUUAGUGUUUUACACAUAGUCGUGACAAGACAAAAAUCACGCUACUUUUCAAAACGUAUCUAUAAUAUUGAUUGCCUAAUGCCAUCAAAGUUUUUAUGAAACUAGAAUGAAAAAUCGAACGAAAUAGUUUAUGUACACCAGGUUGAUUAUUCGAUGUGUCAAGAACAUAUUUAAGUAAGCUUAGAUAACAGUGACCUUCUUAGCCUUUAAUAACUUUCGAAGCUUAAGUGCGAGUACACUAGAACUUACUUUCAAAUUCUCAAUAUAUAUUGUGGGUUUUCAAGGUUUUUGGAACUGCGCUUUUAUUAAUUAAAAAAAAUAAGAAUCCAUUGCAUUUUCUUACAAAUAUGAGUAUAUUUUUUAAAAUAAAAAGGGCUUAUUAUAUUUAAUACUAUGGAAAAUGAUUUAUCGUAAAAGAACAAUAUUGAUUUCGGGACCGAAAAUUAUAGU